AUUAAAACCAAACUCAUCUCUCCCCAUUCCUCUCAUUUCAUGUUCUUCAAAUUCCAAAAUAAUGAAUAAACCUAAACCUAAUACCUUAAUUCAAACUCUACUACUUAUCUCCAUAACUUCUACUUCUUUCUCCCAACAAUUUCAAGAAGCACCCGAAUUUUACAACUCCCUAAACUGCCCUUCGAUCUCAACCGUCGAUUUCCUCUCCUCCGACAACACAAUUCACAUCGCAAUGACCCUCGAUUCAACCUACAUUCGCGGAACAAUGGCUGCAAUUCUCUCAAUCCUCCAACACUCCACCUGCCCGCAAAACCUAAUAUUCCACUUCAUCGUCGCAAACUCCCCAAACGAAAACUCAUCCCUCCUUCAAUCAUCCUUCCCUUACCUAAAAUUCCAAAUCUACACUUUCGAUCCCACCUCCAUUUCCAAACUAAUAUCAACCUCGAUCCGAUCAGCCCUCGAUUCUCCUCUAAACUACGCUCGUAACUACCUCCCCGAUCUCCUCCCAUUCCACAUUCGUAAAGUCAUUUACUUUGACUCCGAUGUAAUUCUCGUCGACGACAUUUCCAAACUCGCAGCCGCCGCCGGAGGCAGCGUGGUGGCAGCCCCGGAAUAUUGCGACGCGAAUUUUAGUUCGUAUUUUACGCGUAGAUUCUGGUCUAACCCGAGUCUCUCGUUAACGUUUGUGAAUCGGAAAGCUUGUUAUUUCAAUACGGGAGUGAUGGUGAUCGAUCUUGAACGUUGGAGGGAGGGGAAUUACACUAAGAGGAUCGAAAAGUGGAUGGAGAUUCAGAAGAGGAUGAGGAUUUAUGAGCUUGGUUCUCUUCCGCCAUUCUUGUUGGUGUUUGCAGGAAGAAUUACGUCGGUUGAUCAUCGUUGGAACCAGCAUGGGCUUGGGGGAGAUAAUUUGAAUGGAAAUUGUCGAGAUUUGCAUUCGGGUCCUGUUAGUUUGUUGCAUUGGAGUGGAAAAGGUAAGCCGUGGGUCAGGUUAGAUGAAGGAAGACCUUGCCCGCUUGAUGUGUUAUGGGCUCCAUACGAUUUAGUUAAAGACCCGUUUCGGGUCGAUUCCUGA